UUCCUCAGUCAAAAGCGGAAGUGGGGCAACAAAAAAACGCAAGACACCAUACUUGGAUAUGUUACACUUUUUAAAUGUUUCUAGAGCUAGCAACCAGACAUCUGGCAAUAUUAGCGCCGAGACGUCUAGCGACAGUAGCGCUAUUUUAGAUGAUAAUGAUUCUACUGACUCGGUAGUUAAUGUCAGUAGCCCAAAAAAGAUGACUGUGUUUCAAGAAGCACUAAUUAACUCGAUGGAAAAAAAAAAGAGAAAACGAUCCAGAUAUGAACUUUCUACUAAAUAUUUUACCGGAAAUGAAGACAAUGUCCCCAACACAGAAUUUUGAAUUUCGGUUCGAAGUGAUGAAAAUUUUUAAAAAUAUAAAAUAUAGUGUACAUAAUAAUUAUGACGGUGGUAUGAUGCAAACUGGAUGUCCGAAUGCCUACCAGUACCCACAUCAGUAUGGCUAUGCGAGUGGAAGCAGCAGUACACCAAAUGUGCAAAACUACCCUCGAAACAGUCCAUCACAUAGCUCUACAGGUUCUUCAGCGGAAGUAGAAGACAUAGAAGCAAUAUUGCGAGGCGAUUCAAACCACAUUGAAGAUGACGAAUGACUGGUUACCAACUUAAUGUUACCAUAUUUGUUCCUAAUUCAAUUUAAUAAAACAGUAAUUUUGAAAAGUGAUUGUUAAAUUAAAAACUAAGUAUAAAUGCGAAAGUGACUUUGUAUUUAAAUAAAAAUAACAAUUUUUUUAAAAUCCUAAAGCGUUAAUUAUUUACUUACCUCAAAGUUAUAGUAAGCCGUUCUUCGGGACAUAAUGUAUCUCUUGUGAUAUUAUUUUUAGCUAUGUACUGGGUUAUAGAGUUCAACAAUUCAUCAAAUGUAUGACAAGUCAUAUUGAAAUAGUCGUAAAAUUUUUCUGGAUGUUUCCUUAGUUCUGGGUAAAGAGUGUGAAAUUGUCCAAUGCUCAACCUUUUCUUGUAUAAUGGGUGAACCCAGUGCUUCCUUUUAUCCUCUUUCAGCGCUUCUAAGAUACCAAUUACUUCAAAAAUAUUCAUCGUGACCAACACAACCACUCCAUUCGUACAACAAAAGUAAAGUGAUAAUUCAGUCGGUCGGCUAAAUAAGGCUAUAACUCUUAACAGUUUGCUUGCGACGCACGAAAAUUGAUUUGAGUCUGCAGCUAACUCAAAUUUCAGUUCGCUGCUGCGGCUCACUCAGUCGGCCGCUGACAGUUUGCUUACUGGGGACACAGCCUAAGUGUUGCGUGCUAUUGGCGUGGUUUGCGAUCGUCCAAAAUGUCAAUAGCGUGGAGCAAUGAAGAAACUUUCAAGUUUAUUGAUUUAUAUCAAUCUGAGCCCGCAAUUUGGGACCCAAGUAAUGCACUGCACAAGGAUAAGAACAAGGUGAAUGAUGCAUGGAAUCGCAUUGCAGACUCCCUGCAAAUUCCUGUUUCGGAACUUAAAAAAAAGAAAGAGACAUUGAUGUCAGCAUUUCGGAUGCAUUUCAAGAAAAAACAAGAUUCGGUCCGAUCUGGUAUGGGAGAAGAAGAAAUUUAUAAGCCAAUUUGGAUUUUUUAUGAUGCUAUGGAGGCAUUUUUAAAAGGCAAAUACACAGUAAAAAGUAUAAUUGCGACAGAUGAGCAUAGGGCAGUCAUUGGAGGACAGACAGAAGAAGAAACGGAAACUCCAAGUGAUGCUAGAAGCAACACAGAACCAAAGGACAUGAAUAUAAAGAUACCUGUACAGAGGAGACGUUCAGUUAAGCCACCUGAGUUAGAAAAAGUAGAUAAGGAAAUGUCAAAGGCUUUUAAUACGUUAAACCAGGCUAUUCUCAAUCAAGACCAACAAAAUAAAAAACAGGACGACUGCGACUUGUAUGGGAGGCUUCUUGCUAACAAACUCAGAAAAUAUUCAGAUAAUGAGAGACAAGAAAUAAUGUACGAAAUUGAUGGAAGUCUAUUAAAACGGCGUCGCAAUUGUAGUCCUCAGUACGUGUCUUCACCUUCUCAAAUCAUUAUAAGUAAACGUCCGUCUUCUUCAGCCACCAGCUAUUCUUGUCCAUCACCGUCGCCAUCUUGGAUCAAUCGCCCCUCAUCAUCGUCUUCAAAUCAUUAUAUAAUUACUUCUCCUAUACAAAGCCCAUCACCUAUUCCACCUGCGCAAACUCCGUCCCCUCUUCCGCCUACUGAACUCCCUAAUGCCUCAUACACACAAGAUGUACUUUAUCAAUCCCCCAACAGAAUCCAUACACCUGUCCCUUUGAUCCAUAUACCUGAGGGAUCCAUGCAAAUUAACGGAUUGUAUUCUCAGACACAAAGUCAGUCUCAAAAUAUUUUGGCUGAUGCUUAUGCAAAAGCUUUGAAUGACGAUUGUUAAAAUAACCAAUUAAAAAAAUGUAAUGGGGUAAUAAUUAUUGAUAAAAAAAAUUAAAGUACAAAACAAAAAUAAAGUAAGUACAAAUGUUUUACUAACUCACCUUAAUCCUGUCCUUUAGCACUUGGUUCAGAGCCAAACAUACUUCUGGAAUAAUUCUAGAUAUGAGUGUACUUGAUAUUUUAAAAUGGUAGUGCAGGCUCCUCAAUCAAGAAAUCACAAUGUCAAUGCCAAUCUUAUUUUUGGAGGUAUUGCU